UUCUUCUCACAUACCUCUUGCUUUGGCAAGACAUAUCUCUACCUCCGACUCCUGUGUUGCAUACUGUGCAUAUCUCCAUGUGUCUGCGUUACAGGUAAUGUCUCUUAUACGAAACCCCAGAUUCUCUCGUCUUCUCAAUUGGGUAUCACGAGCUUUUGCAGAAGCCCCUUUUAAUACCCGAGUUUCAGGAAACCCUAGAUCCUUCGCCACCCAAAGCACACUCGUCGAUGCUGAGCUUUGCGGCGAGAAAUGGGGUGUUAGAAGUCGAAACGAGAUUCGUAAGAUGGCUCAGGUUGCGAUGUUCGAUUACUUCUACGAGACGAGGGGUUUGCAGUUUCUGGUAGCUGAGAGUAUGAGUAAGAAUGCUCCUGUUUUUAAUGAUAAUCUCUUGAGGAAGCUAGAUGGUUGUGAUGUUGAUGAUGAGGAUGAAAUAGUUCGAUCCAUUACCAGGUUUCUAUUGUUUCAUCCUGUGAACGAAUUUGAGCCGUUUCUAGAGAGUUUAGGUUUAAAGCCGUCUGAGUUUAGUCAUUUGGUUCCUUGUGAUAAGAUGUUCUUGAAUGAAGAUGCUUUUCUCCUGGAGAACUACCAUGUCUUUUGGAACUAUGGAAUUGGGAGGGAGAAGAUGGGGAAGAUUUUUAGUGAAGCUAGGCAAGUUUUCGGGUAUGAAACCGGGGUUUUAGCUUCCAAGAUUAAGGCUUAUGAGGAUUUGGGGUUUAGUAGACUGUUUCUGUCCAAACUGAUUGUUUGUAGCCCGACUAUCUUGAUUGGGAGUAUGAAUGUCCGACUGGCUAAAGUUAUGGAGAUGCUGAAAUCUAUUGGUUUUGGUGUUGAUUGGGUAACAGAGAACUUGUCUGAGGAGGUGUCUUAUGAUUGGAGUUCUAUGCAUAGCUGUCUAAGUCUUCUUAGGGAUAUUUGUGUAGAUGGGAAUGAGCUUCGUGAGUUAAUCAGGAUGCGGCCAAGACUGAUUUUUGAGGAUUCAGGAGAAUGGACACUGAUUCUAGCUGCGUUUGAAACAAAACUAGGGUCAUCUAGAAGUGAGCUCUCAUCGUUGUUUCAGAAAUUACCUCAGAGCCAGAGUUUAGGGAAAUGUUUAAUGAAUCUAAGACAUUGCUUCUUGUUCCUGAAAGAUAUUGAGAUGGAGGCUGAUGAGAUUAGCAAGAUUUUCCGUUUGCACUCUUCUUGGCUCGGUAGAACUCGUUUGAAGCAAACCAGUACCUUACUUAUCAAUUUGAAAGGUGGGAAAAGGCGGCUUUGUCAAGCCAUUCAAGAAAAUCCCGAAGAGAUGAAAAAAUGGAUUAUGGGGUUAAGAGUCCAGCCGCUACCGGCUACUAGGUGCAAGGUAGAUUCAAAGUCGAAAACAAUGAAGACCCAGUUCUUGUUAGACCUCGGAUACGAAGAAAACUCAGAGGAGAUGGAGAGAGCACUCAAGAAUUUCCGUGGCAAAGGAUCUGAACUCCAUGAGAGAUUUAAUGUCCUCGUGAGUUUGGGUUUUACGGAGGAAGUUGUCAAAGAUAUGGUGAAAGCAUGUCCUAGUAUCCUCUCUCAGGCAAGUGAUAUCCUAGAAUCAAAGGUUAACUACCUUAUUGACGAAUUAGGUUAUCCGCUUUCAACUUUGAUCACUUUCCCAACAUGUCUUAAGUACACUCUUCAGCGGAUGAAGCUUCGAUUUGCAAUGUUCUCUUGGCUUCAAGCUCGAGGCAAGGCAGACCCAAAGCUUGCAGUUAGUACUAUACUUGUGUGCUCAGACAAGUUCUUUGCCACUAGAUUUGUAAACCGUCACCCAGAUGGGCCUAAGCAUUUGGAAGAUCUGAAGAAACUGCUUCUGUGUGAGUAGAGAACAAUAAUGCAGCAAGACAUUAUAGUAUUGACCAGAACAAUGCAAAAUGAAACUCAAACAUAGAUCAAGCAAUUCGAUUUUGUAUUCGAGUUAGAGCACAAUUAGUCUAAUGACAAUUUUGUGGAGCAGUAACUUCAAUUUUGUGUUAUUCCCUCUCGAGCAUAUUGCUAUGUGUAUGUUUUUACAA